GUUGUAGUGUACUGGGGUCAAGACAGUGUUUACCAAGUUGAUCAAACUUUAGAAAAGGAUUUAGAUGCUUACUGUACUUCUGUUGAUGCCGAUAUCUUUAUCAUCUCAUCUGUCAACCAAUUUGGUGCUGGCCAGGAAACCACCAUCAAUUUGGCCAAUCAUUGUGGAAGCACAACAAGCUGUCCAGAUAUUGGUAGACAAAUCGUGAACUGUCAAAACGCCGGCAAAAAGGUUUUCAUUUCUUUAGGUGGUGAAGAUCGCAAAAAAUACAGUCUUUCUUCUUCUGAGGCUGAUUCAUUUGCUACCGAACUCUGGAACAAGUUUGGUGGUGGUUCAGCAUCAGAUGUUGUCAGACCAUUUGGUGAUGCGGUCGUUGAUGGUUUUGAUUUGGAUAUUGAAGGUGGUGACAACAGUGGCUAUCCUGCCCUUGUUCAAAACUUGAAAUCCCUUUUCAGUCAAGACAGCUCUAAAUCGUAUGCCAUUUCUGCUGCUCCCCAAUGUCCAUACCCAGAUCACAAAAUUGGAAACGUUUUGAGCUCGCCGGGGGUAGAUUAUGCCAUUGUCCAGUUCUACAACAACCCUUCGUGUGAGCUUACUACAACAGGGUUUAACUGGAAUGACUGGGCUGGCUUGGCUGAAGAAAACAACUUCAAGAUCUUUAUCGGCUUACUUGGAGAUGGCAAAUCCACAGAUAACGGUUACACUCCCAUCGACGAAGUCAAGGCAGCGCUACAAGAUGUUGUCAGCAAGAAACCAGAACCCUUUGGCGGUUUCUCUGUCUGGGACGUUGGCCGUGGUGUUGCCAACAUUGACAACGGCAAGUCAUACAUCCAGGAAUUGUCAGAUUUGAUUUCCAAUUAA